CUGAGCAGCAUACAUGUUGCAAAGCAUUUGCAGAAACCUUUGCAGAAAGUGACCAGAUGUUUUCCUUGGACACCCAGCGGCUCCAGAAGACGUAUCUACAACUACAGCGCUCUUUAUUCUCCGAAAACUUCAGCCAGAAGACACCGACGGAGCAAGAGUACUCAGCCGAGCAGCCUGCAUUGGUAAACAAAGCUUACAGGACGCUACUGAUGCCUUUGAGUCAUGGACUCUAUAUGCUGGAGCUGAAGGGCAUGCACCUGGAGGAGGGGACGGAGGCGGCCGCUGACCCCCGGCUCCUCAUGGAGGUGAUGGAGAUCAAUGAGGAGCUGGCCGGCGCCCAGAGUCACAAGGAGGUCAACGCCAUCGGAUGCUCCAUGAGAGAGAAACUGAGCGACUUGACAGAGCACAUAAACACCACGCUGAAAGAAGGAGACCUUCAGUCAGCCAAAGGACUUCUUGCCCAAAUGAAAUACUCUGCCAACAUUGAAGAGAAAGUGAAAGAAAAGCUGUCAGAGUUUGGCAGAGAACGCAUAGGAACAAAUACCUGAUGUACUGUACUGAUUUCACAUUUUCACCUUGCAGUCUUUUUAUGUAAUCUCUAUAUACAAGUACUGUGACAUGCACAUUGUACAAACAGCUUAUAUUUAUUUUGGUAAUAAAUGUAAAUAAAUGUUUUAAAGUCCAAA